CUAAGGUUGUUGGAAGUUUGAACUAAUCCAGUGGAGACUGCAACGUUAAGGAAUCACGAAGUGCGCUCAAAAAAUGAAUCAAAGGGAAAUUGCUCCCUGGUCAACAAGUGUACCAGGAGAGGAAAAAAAGGUAUCCUACCCGGCACAAAUGAAGAAGGAAAAGCCCGGAAAGGGAAACUCCUGCCGUUUGUCCUACGUCGAGGUUAUUGCCAAUGCUAUUCUCAGAUCACCAAGAAGACAGAAAACCUUGUCCGAGAUCUACAGCUUCAUUCAACACAACUAUCCCGAAUUUACUGAAAACAGAGUGCGAUGGAAGAACACAGUCCGCCAUAAUCUGUCGCUUCAGGAAUGUUUUCAGCGAGGUGAGGUUGCCUAUAACAAGGGUGGUUGCUACUGGCGGAUUCAUCCCAAAUUCUUGCCCAGGUUUAGUCAAGGAGAUUUUACAAGACGCCCUCCAGCUCCGACUCCGCGGUUUGAAAUGCAAAGGAGACAUCCGUACUUCGAAGAUGAUAAUUUCUCAACACCCAGUCAAGUCUUCCAUUGCCACUUUUGUGAGCCAUCUCCCUCACUUUUAUCGUAUGGCGAAGGGAUGUUUCAUGGCACUCGGGCAAUAAACGGAUGCGCUCCGUACAGGCAGCAUCCCUUUUUUUCUUGGGACCAUUGUAUGUAUUAAGAAUCUAUGGACCUCCAUACUUGAAUGGCAACAAACAAACUCGUAAGCGUGUAUAAAAAAAACGUGUUAGCAGACAUUAAACAAACUAAGAAUGUUAAAUAGACUUCAAAUAGUUUUAUUUUCAAGCUUAAUAAUCGCAGGUGCGCGUAAGUGGGUUUUCGAAGGUACUUUAUUAAAUCUGUAA